CCAGCUACAAAUCCACCCUGGGGCCCGGAUACCUGAUCCCUUCACAAUGCUGGUGGUCCUUGGCCUGGAUCCCCUGCUCUGCCUUCUCCUCUUGCUCCUGAACCUCCGCAGCCCUGAGGGGGGCCAUCCUCCUCCUCCUUGGCGAAGGUUUGAGUACAAGCUCAGCUUCAAAGGACCAAGACUGGCAUUGCCUGGGGCUGGAAUACCCUUCUGGAGCCAUCAUGGAGAUGCCAUCCCGGGCCUGGAGGAGGUGCGGCUGGCCCCAUCCAUGCGGAACCGGAGUGGCGCCGUGUGGAGCAGGACCCCUGUCCUCUUCUCUGCCUGGGAGGUGGAUAUGCAGAUGAGGGUGACCGGGCCAGGGCGCCGGGGAGCCCAGGGCAUGGCUGUGUGGUAUACCCAGGGCAGGGGCCAAGUAGGCUCUGUCCUGGGGGCGCUGGCCUCGGGGGACGGCAUCGGGAUCCUCUUCGACUCCUUGGCCGAGGAUGUCCAGAAUAGCCCCGCCAUCCGUGUGCUGGCCGGUGAUGGGCACACCCUCUAUGAGCCACUUGGGGAUGGAGGCAGCCGGGUGCUGGGUUCCUGCCACCGGGACUUCCGGAACCGGCCAUACCCCUUCAGAGCACGAAUCACCUACUGGGGGCAGAGGCUGCGUGUGUCUUUGAACAGCGGCCUCACUCCCAGCGACCCGGAUGAGGUCUGUGUUGACGUGGGGCCCCUGCUUUUGGCCCCUGGAGGUUUCUUUGGGGUCUCGGCAGCCACUAGCACCCUGGCAGAUGACCAUGAUGUCCUGUCCUUCCUGACCUUCAGUCUGAGUGAGCCGGGACCAGAGCCUCCCCUGCAUCCCUUCCUGGAGACGGAGCAUCUCCGCCUGGCAAGGCAGCUGAAAGGACUGCAGGCAAGGCUGGCCUUGGGCACCAAGGAGGACAUGAAUCCAAAGCUGAACUCUGAAGUCCAGGAAGAGGGGGAAAGGAUCUUUGACCUGGAGGAGACACUGGACAGACACAGACAGAUCCUGCAGGCUCUCCAGGGUCUCUCCAAGCAACUGGCCCAGGCUAAGAAGCAAUGGAAGAAGCAACUGGGGUCCCCAGGCCAGGCCAGGCUUGAGGGAGCCUGGGACUCAGCCAAGGUCAGUGCCCUACUCCAUGGACAGCGGACUCUGCUCCAGGACCUGCAAGAGAUGAGGCAUGCAGCUGCUCACAUGGCCUCAAGAGCCCAAGUCUUCUACCUGCCUGUGGGCACCAAGCAUCACUUCUUAGAGCUGGCCCAGACCCUGAGCCUUCUGCAGAAGGACCUUCGGGCCCCAGCUAAACCAGCAGCCAAGGAUACCUACCUACAUGGCCGGCUCCCAAGGGUUUUCUCGUGCCUGCAGCCUGGCUUCUUCCUGUUCGUCCUCCUCACCCAGACUGUAGGCUUCUUCUGCUAUGUACACUUCAGAAUGGAGCGGGAUGCGCAGUUCACACAGAGGAAGGCUGAGCGGGCCACGCUGCGGAGUCACUUCCGAGACAAAUACCGGCUGCCCAAGAAUGAGACAGAUGAGAGCCAGAUCCAGAUGGCAGGUGGAGACGUGGAGCUGCCCCGGGAGCUGGCCAAGAUGAUUGAGGAGGACACAGAGGAGGAGGAGGAGAGGGCCUCAGUCCUUGGGCAGCUGGCCAGCCUCCCUGGCUUGGACCUCGGCUCACUCAAGGACAAGGCCCAGACCACACUGGGGGACCUCAAGCAAUCAGCUGAAAAGUGCCACAUCAUGUGACUACUUCCCUUGGGGUUGCCCAUGGGGGUGACCACAGGGCUGGGCCCACAUAAGCGCUAAGAGCAUGUCUGAACCUCCAGGGUUCCAAACCCUAUCUUGGCUUUGUUUCUCUGCCCCACACCAACCGCAGGACUCUUCUCAUUCAUACCUCCAGCCUGCCUUCUGCUCUCUCCCUCUCCACUGGGAGCAAAGUCCCCACUCCUCACCCUACCCCUUAGGACCCACCUUCCCUACUCAGCCUGGGGAGGCUUCCCAAGAUUGUAGGAAUAGGUCCAACCCUCUUUGGCCAUGGCCCUGAGUGUAUGCACACAGGAGCACCCACAGACACACACACACAGGGACAUAGAGACCCUGGCAUGUGUAGAGGCAUAUGCCACAGAUGCAUCCUGGCACACAUAGACACACGUACACAGGCCAGCUCCCCUGGGUGCCUAGCUCUUCUAGACACCAACACUCAAAUAUGCUUAGACAGGGCUUAAGGGGACACCCUCAGCAGAGAGGAGGCCUGAGUCCAAGUUUCCAAAUUUAUUCUCCUUGAAACCGACUGCCCUUUCUGGGCCUCAUUUCAUCACCUAUAAAAUGGGGAUGGACUGGGGGAUUUCUCAGAUUUUUUCUAGCUUGGCCUUCCUGGCCCCUCGGGGUCAAACCCAACCCCUCCUUGGGCAGGGCAGCAGCUGCAGCCAGAGCCUCAAGCGGCUGCCACUGUGGGCUCUGGCUCUUGGAAGCUGAGCGAUGCUAUGUGAGGGGCCCAGUGCCAAGGAUGUAGCUGGCACCGAACAGUAGCCCAGGCGGCUCCAGGCCUUCUCUGGGCCCAGGGCCCAGCCAAUUUCUGUUCUGUUCCUGUAGAACUCUCUCUGGAUUCCAUAGCUGGAUUUCCUCUCAGUUCAGUGAAAAAUAAAAAUUCCAAAAGACCUGCCUAUUCUCCCAUUUCUUACUGACCUCCAGGAGUCUUGGGGUUCACAGGCCCCUAACCCUGCCCUUGGAGGGGUGCCCUCGACCUCCUCACCCAAGCUUCAUAGAAGUGCCACCCUCUAUAAUAUAUUCAAGCUCUACCCUCUUAGGGGCCUGGGUGAGGGCAAGGUCCCUGGAAACCACAGCUCAAUCUGGCACCUGUGUCUACAUCCCCAUCCACACCUUAGAGAUGGAAGCUGUAACAAAAAGAGGGCAGGGCCACUGGGUCCCAGCUCUGGCACUGCUAUGUGACUUUGAGCAGGUCCCCUUCCCUCUGUGAGCCUGUUCUCCCCCCUCUAACAAUAAUACUGUAUGUUUCAAAGGGUGACCACUUGUAAUACUCUUGGCACAUGAUAGAUCAUAUCAAUAAAUGGUUACUCAUUCUUUAAAAAAAAGUGAAGGGUCCAAAUCUCAUCCUGCUCACUGGUAGGA